ACGCACGCACGCGCGCGCACACACACUUUAAUAAAAUAUCUAAUAUAUUAAAAGUUUAGGUAUACCUAAAAAAAAUCUAGUUAGUAUUAAACAUAUCAAGAUUAAAUAUUCAUGUUCUUUACAUUACGUUGGAUGAUUUUAGAAAAUAAUGUAGAAAACAAUAAAUCACAAAAAAUAAAUUUUUUUUACAGACUGGGUGACAGAUAGAUGUUUUAUAUGUGGAUGUUUUGAUGCACAACCUGUAAUUUAGAGAAGUGUUUGUCGAAAUGAUGUGGUUGAAUGUCACAGGCCCUUUGACGCUGCAUUUAUCUUUCUCACCACAAACCAACUCAGUGCUUCUGCGCUUGCUUUGGCUUGUGUUAUGAUUCACACCAUCGUCUUCCUUAUUAAAACGGACAUAUGAACGACAUGAACUAAACAAACAUGAGCAGCAUUACGCAUUAAGGAUAUUAGUGACUAAAAUAGUUGUGCUUGCGUGGGUUAAAACGCCUAAUCAAUUGAGAUGAUUUAAAGAAAAAAUCCGCGUGGUUCAGACAUCGACGCCAAAACUUUAAAGGGUUUAUUAGUUUGUCAACACUUUAUCAUCGGCAAUGGACACUUCUGACGGCUCUGUAAACCGUAUUGGUCGCACUAUUUGGACAGUUUGGGGUUAUCUGUCAGGGGCUGUUGCAAGAUAUCUUAGCCCGGAAGUCACUGAUAAUGGAAACCAAAGUGUUAAUUCUAGAGCAGAUACUGUCAACAGGAAUACAGCAAAAAAUACUGACAGGCCAGUAAAGGAGAUUGAUGCUGAGAAACAUAAGGAAGAAACGAAAUAUAAUCCAGCAGAGGCCAGAUAUCAUGUUGCCACAGUUGAAUGGGAAAAAACUGAUGUGGUCCAGGAGGACAAUAAUGAACUCCGUGUUGAUACCACAAUUACAGAAAGUAACCAUUGCAAAACCGAUGACAAGCAAACAGAUGAAGCAAUAGCUUUAGAUGUUCAGGUGAAUUAUGAAAAUGAAGAAAAACAAACAAAAGAUGAAGCACAUAUUGAAAAAGAAGUUGCUAUAUCCAUCAAGCAUAGGGCAAAUAUUGAGUUAGAUGGUUGUGAACGUAAGCAAGAGCUAAAAGAAACUGAGGACACUGAACAGAAAGAUGGAAAAGAAGAUUUUGAUCAUUAUAAUGAAGAUGAUGGUGAAGAGGGUGUAAUGAGGACAGAAGCUUUAGAUGACACAGAAGUUACCGACCAAUCUGUCCAAGAUGUAGAUCAGAAAACGCUGAUGAAUAAGAUGGAGUAUGAAGAGACAGAAAACAUCAGGAUUGCAGAAGAUGCCAGAGACCUUCUCGGGGAAAACGUAGUUAAAUAUGUAUUUGAUAAAGAAGAGCAAAUCAUUUAUACGGAUCAGGAGAAAACUGAGAGUGUUGAGGACAAAGAAACUGAGUCACUAGUGAAAGAUGAAGGGCUGCCUUCCAGUCUGGGGAGUUUAACACAGGAUGAGGAAGACCUUUUGAAGCCUCUUGAGAAUAAAAGGCUCAGUUUAUUGGAUGAAUACCCAAACAUUUUAGAAAAUGAGGGGAUACAGACACCAGAAAGACAAGUAAUAGAUGACAUUUCUAAAAAUGUGGUUGAGAUACCUGGAACUAGUGCUACAAGUGAGCCGGAUGAAAACAUUGAAGAAGAUGAACAACAAAAGUGUCUGGACGCUGGUGAAUUACCAACUACAAAUGUUUUCGGUGAGAAGGAAGCCCAUGAAAUCCAAACACAAUCUCUAUUAGAGUCAGUAGAAACACCGUCAGGGGGUUCAAAAGAAAUAUUUGAUGAUAGCAUUGCACACAAUGAAAUAGGGCUGAAAACAUCUACAUCAGUAAAUGAAGUAGCAGAUGAAAUUUUUGAUGCAUCAGAGGACCCCCUGCACUCAGAUUUAUUAAAACAGAAUUCUACUGAAACAGUAAAUCAUUCAGAACGUACUGUCUGUGACCUCCCUCAAGAACCAAGUAACAGACCAGCGAUCGGAUUAGUAAAUUCAGGGGAUUUGGACCAAAUUACUGCAGUCGUAACAUCUUUGGGAUCUUUUGAGGAGAUGAAGGCCAACAUAAGCGAGCUGCACAUUCCAGCAGAAGAUCAUUCACAAAGCUCUGAUAUGACCCCAUAUGAACCCUUAAAUGAAACGUUUGUGAAAGCAGCUGAGUUUGAAACUCCAAUGUUAUCCUUAGAAAUUGGUGCAAAACAAAUUCAGACACUUCAGGAAAUGGCCAAGUGUUCUCUUAUUGAAUGUGUUGAAUUAAGAAGUGAGCAGAUUGGUGAAACCAUGAAAACAGUGACUGAUUUAGAAGAUAAAGGAGAAGUCUUGAUGACAGGCAGUGAAGCAGACAAUGAGAUUCUUGAGAUGAACAUAGAAAAAGAAGGCAUACUGUCUCAAACAACAAUGGAAACUAUCAGUGAAUCACUAAAUCAAGAUACAUGUGAAGCUUCAGAGCGUGACGUCAAUCGAACAGAACUUGUAGAGGAUUCACCAGAUCCUGCAGAAGCAAAAACUGAAUUAUUGAAGUCAGAGGUUCUGGAGGAAACCCAAUAUUUGCAGGGGAAAUCAGAGAGAUACACUGAGAACAUCAAGACAGAGGUUGGACUGUUAAGUGAAACAGACACCACAAUUACACAAAGUAACCAUUGCAAAACCGAUGACAAGCAAACAGAUGAAGCGAUAGAUUUAGAUGUUCAGGUGAAUUAUGAAAAUGAAGAAAAACAAACAAAAAAUGAAGCACAUAUUGAAAAAGAAGUUGCUAUAUCCAUCAAGCAUAGGGCAAAUAUUGAGUUAGAUGGUUGUGAACGUAAGCAAGAGCUAAAAGAAACUGAGGACACUGAACAGAAAGAUGGAAAAGAAGAUUUUGAUCAUUAUAAUGAAGAUGAUGGUGAAGAGGGUGUAAUGAGGACAGAAGCUUUAGACGAAACAGAAGUUACCGACCAAUCUGUCCAAGAUGUAGAUCAGAAAACGCUGAUGAAUAAGAUGGAGUAUGAAGAGACAGAAAACAUCAGGAUUGCAGAAGAUGCCAGAGACCUUCUCGGGGAAAACGUAGUUAAAUAUGUAUUUGAUAAAGAAGAGCAAAUCAUUUAUACGGAUCAGGAGAAAACUGAGAGUGUUGAGGACAAAGAAACUGAGUCACUAGUGAAAGAUGAAGGGCUGCCUUCCAGUCUGGGGAGUUUAACACAGGAUGAGGAAGACCUUUUGAAGUCUCUUGAGAAUAAAAGGCUCAGUUUAUUGGACGAAUACCCAAACUUUUCAGAAAAUGAGGGGGAACAGACACCAGAAAGACAAGUAAUAGAUGACAUUUUUAAAAAUGUGGUUGAGAUACUUGGAACUUCUGCUACAAGUGAGCCGGAUGAAAACAUUGAAAAAGAUGAACAACAAAAGUGUCUUGACGCUGGUGACUUACCAACUACAGAAAUUUUUGGUGAGAAGGAAGCCCAUGAGCAGAUGCUGGGAGAAAUCCGAACACAAUCUCUAUUAGAGUCAGUAGGAACACCGUCAGGGGGUUCAAAAGAAAUAUUUGAUGAUAGCAUUGCACACAAUGACAUAGGGCUGAAAACAUCGGUACAUGAAGCAGUAGAUGAAAUUUGUGAUGCAUUAGAGGACACCCUGCAGUCAGAUUUAUUAAAACAGGAUUCUCCUGAAACAGCAAAUCAUUCAGACCUUACUGUCUGUGACCUCCCUCAAGAACCAAGUAACAGACCAGCAAUCGCAUUAGUGAAUUCAGGGGAUUUGGACCAAAUUACUGCAGUCGCAACAUCUUUAGGAUCUUUUGAGGAAAUGAAGGCUAACAUAAGCGAGCUGCACAUUCAAGCAGAAGAUCAUUCACAAAGCUCUGAUAUGACCCCAUAUGAACCCUUAAAUGAAACGUUUGUGAAAGCAGCUGAGUUUGAAACUCCAAUGUUAUCCUUAGAAAUUGGUGCAAAACCAAUUCAGACACUUCAGGAAAUGGCCAAGUGUUCUCUCAAGGAAUGUGUUGAAUUAAGAAGUGAGCAGAUUGGUGAAACCAUGAAAACAGUGACUGAUUCAGAAGAUAAAGGAGAAGUCUUGAUGACAGGCAGUGAAGCAGACAAUGAGAUUCUUGAGCUGAACAUAGAAAAAGAAGGCAUACUGUCUCAAGCAACAAUGGAAACUAUCAGUGAAUCACUAAAUCAAGAUAAAUAUGAAUCUUCAGAGCGUGACGUCAAUCGAACAGAACUUGUAGAGGAUUCACCAGAUCCUGCAGAAGCAAAAACUGAAUUAUUGAAGUCAGAGGUUCUGGAGGAAACCCAAUAUUUGCAGGGGAAAUCAGAGAGAUACACUGAGAACAUCAAGACAGAGGUCGGACUGUUAAGUGAAACAGACACCACAAUUACACAAAGUAACCAUUGCAAAACCGAUGACAAGCAAACAGAUGAAGCGAUAGAUUUAGAUGUUCAGGUGAAUUAUGAAAAUGAAGAAAAACAAACAAAAAAUGAAGCACAUAUUGAAAAAGAAGUUGCUAUAUCCAUCAAGCAUAGGGCAAAUAUUGAGUUAGAUGGUUGUGAACGUAAGCAAGAGCUAAAAGAAACUGAGGACACUGAACAGAAAGAUGGAAAAGAAGAUUUUGAUCAUUACAAUGAAGAUGAUGGUGAAGAGGGUGUAAUGAGGACAGAAGCUUUAGAUGACACAGAAGUUACCGACCAAUCUGUCCAAGAUGUAGAUCAGAAAACGCUGAUGAAUAAGAUGGAGUUUGAAGAGACAGAAAACAUCAGGAUUGCAGAAGAUGCCAGAGACCUUCUCGGGGAAAACAUAGUUAAAUAUGUAUUUGAUAAAGAAGAGCAAAUCAUUUAUACGGAUCAGGAGAAAACUGAGAGUGUUGAGGACAAAGAAACUGAGUCACUAGUGAAAAGAUGA